GGCGGCAGCCGGUGGCGGCCAUUGCGGGCACUUCCUGCCGUGAUUCCGUCUUGACACCCCGUGCCGGCCCUCUCGUCUGGGCCCUGCCCUGGCCGGUGCCAGGCAGAACUCACGCUGAACCCCCCGGAAGGCAUCGUGGCAGGCCCCAUGAACGAGGAGAACUUCUUUGAGUGGGAGGCCCUGAUCAUGGGCCCUGAGGACACCUGUUUUGAGUUCGGCGUUUUCCCGGCCGUCCUGAGCUUCCCGCUGGACUACCCGCUCAGCCCCCCGAAGAUGCGCUUCACCUGCGAGAUGUUCCACCCCAACAUCUACCCCGACGGGAGGGUCUGCAUCUCCAUCCUGCACGCGCCCGGCGACGACCCCAUGGGCUACGAGAGCAGCGCCGAGAGGUGGAGCCCGGUGCAGAGCGUGGAGAAGAUCCUGCUGUCGGUGAGCCCAACGACGAGAGCGGGGCGAACGUGGACGCCUCCAAGAUGUGGCGCGACGACCGGGAGCAGUUCUACAAGGUCGCCCGGCGGCUGGUGCAGAAGUCCCUGGGACUGUGAGCCGACGUUGGGCCCGCCCCAGGGUGUGGACGCUGGACGCUGGGUGUCCCUGGCCCCGGUCAGGGGGACUGUCCAUGCCGCCACAACUACCUCCAGCAGGCACGCCUGCGACCCACUUCCUCCCAGUGUGGGGCGCCCGUGCCAGGCCCACCCCUUCUGGAGACCCAUCUGCGGCAGGGCCCCCCCAAACCCCCUCCCCGUCCCGCUCACAGCGGGUGUCCCUCGUGUGUGUCGCAGACCACGCAGAAGUGGAAAUAAAGACUCGUAAACACAGCUGACGGGAGUGGGGUGUGCAGACCCCCUGGCUGCCGGCGGGGGUGUCCUGGCCAGCGCGUCACCGGGCACUGAGUCCACAGGCCCUGGGCGGAAGGCAGGUCUGGCUCCCGGGGCGGCCUCCACACUGCCCGCGUUGCAGCGCAACCUGCGCGGCUGUCCUUGCGCCGGCAGGUGGAGGUCUGGGCAGCACCCGCCUUGGCCCAGCGCAGGGCCAGCCCUGCAUCCGGCUGCGCUCCCCGCGUCAGCUGCGGCCAAGCGCCUCUCGGCCUGUGUCUCAGGCUCCGUUUAAGUAGAAGUUCUAGAAAGUUCUAUGUUUGGAGUGGGGGUGCUGCAGGACACAUGGACAGCGCCCCGCUGCCCUUUCCCUCCCGACGUGCCGGCCAUGCACCGGCGCCUCGGACCUCCUGGCGCCAGCAGCCCUGCCGGAGGGGGCAGCAGGCCCUUCCUCCGCAGGGGCGGGGACACCCGCAGUUCGGCGGGAGAACGCGCGUCCCGGGGCCAGCCCUGCCCGGUGUCGCGGGCAGGCUGGGUUGGCCUCGCCAGGGCUGUGCUCGGGGCGGGCUCUGCAGAAGCGUUUUUAUUCGUUUGUAUUUAUUCAGCGGCCGCCGGGAGGGCCUGUCCUCGUGCCUCUCCCGUGGGCUGCGGCGCCACCCUAAAAUAAAGUCCCGUUUCCUGCUCCGCUGCGUUGCCGUGUCUGCUCGUGUGACCCCCACUGUCCGCCCCUUGAGCUUGGGGGCCCCGUCUUCCCUCACGGCGGGUCCCUGCAGCGGUUG